CCCAAAAAAAAGAGUAAAUCCCAGUCUGGGCAGGUGACCAAAAGUUACCAAAUUAGAUCUGAUCUGAACUAUCUGUCCCACCGCAGAUCCAGUGGUCCCUUAUUUUUCCCGUCUCGUUCGCUCUACUCGUUUAGCGUAUCUUCUCGUCUACAUGUGAAAUUAAAGCCUUACAAUAAUAAAUAAACAACUAAACAAAAUCUCUAAACGAACAAAGAAAAAAGUAGUGCUUUUGUCGCCUUGCCUUUCACCCGCAGCCACCUAAUUUGUUUGGCAUUGUAUAUAUUCUCACACCGUCCCACAUUUAAUUCUCUACGUGCCGCUCUAAGUUGGAAGAGAGAAAACAAAAAAGAAAGCUUCGCGGCGUCUGAUUCUGACCAUUUUGAUAAAAUGGCUGAGAAGAGUUAUAUAAUCAAGGUAGAGGAAGGGAAGGCCGCAAGCGAUGGAAAACCGUCGAUCGGCCCUGUUUAUCGCAGUUCUUUUGCGGAGAAUGGAUUCCCUUCUCCGAUUCCUGGAAUGGAGAGUUGUUGGGACAUUUUCCGCAUGUCAGUUGAGAAAUAUCCUAACAACCCUAUGCUUGGUCGCCGGCAGAUUGUGAACGGGAAAGCUGGGAAAUAUGUAUGGCAAACUUACAAAGAAGUUUAUGACAUUGUAAUAAAAGUCGGAAAUUCCAUCCGGAGUUGUGGUGUUGAGGAAGGAGGAAAAUGUGGUAUUUAUGGUGCCAAUUGCCCAGAGUGGAUAAUAAGCAUGGAGGCCUGCAAUGCUUAUGGACUCUAUUGUGUUCCUUUAUAUGACACUUUAGGUGCUGGUGCUGUGGAGUUUAUCAUAUGCCAUGCAGAAGUUUCAAUUGCUUUUGUGGAGGAAAAGAAGAUUGAUGAGCUGUUUAAAACAUUUCCAAACUCAACAACAUUCUUGAGAACAAUUGUUAGCUUUGGGAAGGUAACACCUGAUCAGAAGGCAGAAGCUGAGAAGUAUGGUUUGGCAAUAUAUGCUUGGGAAGAGUUUUUGCAAUUGGGAGAAAAUAAGCAAUUUGAUCUUCCUGUGAAGAAGAAAAGUGAUAUCUGCACAAUAAUGUAUACUAGUGGAACAACUGGUGAUCCCAAGGGAGUAUUGAUUUCAAAUGAUAGUAUCGUUACUCUUAUAGCAGGGGUGAAACGCCUGCUAGAGUGUGUAAAUGAACAGUUGACCAUGAAGGAUGUAUAUAUUUCUUAUCUUCCUCUUGCACAUAUCUUUGACCGGGUGAUUGAAGAGUUAUUUAUUUCACAUGGUGCCUCAAUAGGAUUCUGGCGUGGGGAUGUGAAACUAUUGGUUGAAGAUAUUGGGGAGCUUAAGCCAAGUAUCUUCUGUGCUGUUCCUCGUGUGUUAGAUAGAAUCUAUUCAGGUUUACUACAGAAGAUUUCUGGGGGAAGCUUAUUGAAAAAGAAAUUGUUCGAUGUUGCAUACUCAUACAAAUUCUAUAACAUGAGGAAGGGCUCCAAACAUGGUGAGGCAUCUCCAAUUUCUGACAAAAUUGUAUUCAGUAAGGUAAAACAAGGAUUGGGAGGGAAUGUGCGGCUUAUUCUAUCUGGGGCAGCUCCUCUUUCUGCUCAUGUGGAAGAGUUCCUGCGAGUGGUGGCAUGUUGCCAUGUUCUGCAAGGAUAUGGUCUGACAGAGAGUUGCGCGGGGACUUUUGUCUCAUUGCCAAAUGAAUUGUCAAUGCUUGGUACUGUGGGGCCUCCGGUACCAAAUGUUGAUAUACGUCUAGAAUCUGUUCCUGAAAUGGGAUAUGAUGCCCUUGCAAGCAGACCACGUGGGGAAAUUUGUAUCAAGGGAAAUACGCUAUUCACAGGGUACUACAAACGUGAAGACCUCACCAAUGAGGUCAUGAUUGAUGGGUGGUUCCACACAGGGGAUAUUGGUGAGUGGCAACCAGAUGGAAGCAUGAAAAUUAUUGAUCGAAAGAAGAACAUUUUUAAGCUUUCACAAGGGGAAUAUGUUGCGGUUGAGAACCUGGAAAAUGUUUAUGGUGUUGUGUCUGAUAUUGAUUCCAUAUGGGUUUAUGGGAACAGCUUUGAGUCCUUCCUUGUUGCUGUUGUUAACCCCAAUAAGCAAGCACUUGAAGGCUGGGCUGCCGAGAAUGGUGUAAGUGGUGACUUUGAUUCCAUCUGUCAAAACCCAAAGGCCAAAGAAUACAUACUUGGGGAGCUCUCAAAGAUUGGCAAAGAGAAAAAGCUGAAGGGUUUCGAAUUUAUAAAAGCUGUCCAUCUUGACCCCGUAGCAUUUGAUAUGGAACGUGACCUUCUCACCCCAACAUAUAAGAAGAAGAGGCCUCAAUUGCUUAAAUAUUAUCAGAGUGUGAUAGACAACUUGUACAAGCCAAACAAGCCAAAUGCUUGACAAAAUACUUCCAAUGGGGUCCUAAAGGGGUGGUUCUGCGAUUCAGGCAUACGGAGAAGUUACUCUCUGUUCCUUACUUUUCUUUUGGUAAUUUGGACAGCAAAUAAAGUUUCAUGUGCUGUGGAAAAAAAAUGUCAUAUUAUUUGAAGUUCAAUGGUCCAAAUGUUCAGUUCCAAAUUUGGUAAGAUCCCCUUGGGUUUUUGAAGUUAACUAUGUAAUAAAUAUUUUAUUUCAUAUAAUAAAAAUUUCGAAACUAAUGUGGAAAAAAAAAAAAAAAAAGA